CGGCUCGGAAUGGCGCGGCACGGCACGGCACGGCGCGGCGCGGCACCCGGCACCGCCUGGGCACCGCAGCCAGAUACGGCUCGGCUCGGCUCGGCUCGGGAACGGGCGCUUGAGCACCUGACAUAGCCCGGAACGGCUCGGCACGGCACGGCAGGGCACCGCAAAGUCCGUGCCAGUCCUGCCCGGCACGGCACGGCUCGGCUCGGUUCGGGAGUGGGCACUGCAGUGCCUGACAUGGCCCAGAACGGCACGGCACGGCCGGGCACUACAAAGCCCACCCCAGUCCUGCACGGCACGGCACGGCUCGGCUCUGCACCUACCAGAGGGGCACGGGCAGGGCACGGGGCUGCAGCGAGCCCCGGCCGCCGGGGAGGGGCAGGGGGGGCUCGGGGCGCCCCAGGGAACUCAGCCCCUGGCCCCGCCCGCGGUCAUUGCCCGGUCCCGGGGGUCCAAGGUCGGUGCGGGCCUGAUCCGGUGCUUGCGGCUGCACCAGCGCCUUCCCCGCUCGUCCCCCGAGUGUCCCCGCUCCGCUCGCUGAGCCCCGACCUCCUGCCCGGGAUGGGGUCGUGGCUGUGGCUGUGGCUGGCGGUGCUGGCGGGGCUGUUGUGGCUGCGGCGCUGGCACCGGGAGCGGCAGACGGUGCCUGGCCUCUCGGAGAAGUUUGUGCUGAUCACGGGCUGCGACUCGGGCUUCGGCAACCUGCUGGCACGGCAGCUGGACGCGCGGGGGCUGCGGGUGCUGGCGGGCUGCCUGACGGAGCCGGGGGCCGCCAGGCUGCGGGCGGCCACCUCGCAGCGCCUGCAGACCAUCCUCCUGGAUGUCACCUCCAGCCACAGCAUUGCUGCCGCCACCGCCUGGGUCCGGGAGCAUGUGGGUGACCGAGGGCUGUGGGGGCUGGUGAACAAUGCUGGGAUCUUCAACCCGGUCGGCCCCAACGAGUGGCUGAGCAAGGAUGACUUCGUGAAGGUGCUGGACGUCAACCUGGUCGGCCUCAUCGAGGUGACGCUGAGCCUCCUGCCCCUGGUGCGCAGAGCCCGGGGCCGGGUGGUCAACGUGGCCAGCAUGGUGGGGCGCAUCGCCCUGGUGGGAGGGGGGUACUGCGUCUCCAAGUACGGCGUGGAGGCCUUCUCCGACAGCCUCAGGCGUGAGCUCCGGGAUUUCGGGGUGAAGGUGUCCAUCAUCGAGCCCGGCUGCUUCCAGACCAGCAUCCUGGACUCUGACGAGGUGAGGCAGAGCAUCGUGCGGGCGUGGGACUGCGCGCCCGACGAGGUCAAGCAGGAGUAUGGGCAGCAGUACUUCCAGGCCUACAACAGCAAUUUUCAGCAUUUCAUCGUCACAGCCAACCCCAAGCUCUCCCUUGUCACCAACGCCAUGGAGCACGCGCUGACAGCCGAGUACCCGCGCACUCGCUACGGAUGCGGUCUGGACGCCAGGCUCUUCUACAUCCCCCUGUCCUACCUGCCCAGCGCCUGGGCCGACCGCCUGCUCGCCACCAGCACCACCUAGGAGCGCGCUCAGGGCGCAGCCGGUGCCCAGCACGGUGCUGCUCAUACCCCCGGCAUCGGGCGUGCGGCCCAGGCCCCGCUCGCUCCAGUCGGUUGUUGGCGUUCGCGGCCAUUUCAUAGAAAGCAACACUGCCCUGAGUGCCUGCA